AUGGGCCCCGCCAAUCCACGAUGGCCGUGGCGCCACUGUCUGGCCGGGCUGCUGUUUCAGCUGCUGGUGGCUGUGUGCUUCUUCUCCUACCUGCGUGUGUACCAGGACGAUGCCCCUGGGUCCCUCAUGGCAGUGGAACCUGUCACUGGGGCUCCCAAUAGGUCCCGCUGCCAGGACAGCACCGAGACCCCCGCCCGCCCCACCCUCCUGAUCCUGCUGUGGACGUGGCCUUUUAACAAACCCCUGGCUCUGCCCCGCUGCUCAGAGAUGGUGCCCGGCACGGCUGACUGCCACAUCACUGCCGACCACGAGGUGUACCCACAGGCAGACGCGGUCAUCGUGCACCACUGGGACAUCAUGUACGACCCCAGGGCGCAGCUCCCGCCCCGCACCAGGCCGCCGGGGCAGCGCUGGGUCUGGUUCAGCAUGGAGUCCCCCAGCCACUGCUGGCACCUGCAAGCCCUGGACAGAUACUUCAACCUCACCAUGUCCUACCGCAGCGACUCCGACAUCUUCACACCCUACGGCUGGCUGGAGCCUUGGUCCGGCCAGCCUGCCCACCCACCGCUCAACCUCUCGGCCAAGACCCAUCUGGUGGCCUGGGCGGUGUCCAACUGGAAUCCACAGUCUGCCAGGCUCCUCUGA